AUGGGUGGGUACUCUGGUCAUUACUGGGCUACUGCAGUCGGCAUUCUAGGUGACAUCGGCUCAUUCAUGGUGUAUCUUGCACCACUGCCGACAUUCUAUCAGAUUUACAAGAAGAAAUCGACCGAAGGGUUUCAAUCAGUUCCAUAUAUGAUUGCCUCAUUCAGCGCCAUGCUUUAUAUAUAUUACGGAUUGCUGAAGUCCAACGACGCCAUUCUCAUCACCAUAAACUCAAUUCCAAACGUGUUGGGUUUCAACUUCGGUGUUCUUCAAAUGGUGCUUUACGUAAUAUACAAGAAUUCAAAGAAAGUUAUUGAUCAAAAGCUUCCUGAACUACAAUCCAAAGUUAUAGCUGUGGAGGGGCACAAGCUUCCCGAAUUAACAGAACAAAUUAUCGAUGUGAUGAAGCUUAGUGCAAUGGUGUGUUCUGAGAUAAUUCCAGUGGUUCCGCAACUGAAUGAUAAUGGACAUGACGCUGUGGGAGAACAGAAUGUACCUAAGCAAACCAUGAACACCUCAAAAAAUUGA